UUGCCAACGCUCAAAGCAAAGCGCAACACAAACUUCUCGCUCGCGCCAUCUCGCUCUCAGUCGCUCACUCUCUUUGUCUGUUCCAUGGGCUGUCCUUUGUCCAAGCAGCUCGAGCAGGCAAAUGUGCCGAAUCCAUUGCAGCAGCUGCAAGCGGCCGAGGCGCCAACACAUUCCCAGCAGCAGCAGCAGCGUCGCCGCCGCCAGGAGCAGAAGCGUCAACGCCAACUGGGCAAGUUGCAGGAGCGCAAUGCGCGCAAGCGUCGCCUGCAACAUGGUGGUGCUGGUGGUGGCUCCUCGCCGCGUCGCAGCAGUUCGCGCAGCAGUCUGACGCAGCGUCUGGCGCCGCAGCUGCGUCUGCGUGGUGGGAGCAACGGCAGCAGCGCCACCGAGUGCGUCAGCGCCUUGUAUGCUCGCACCCUGGAGCUGCAGCAUGAGGAGCACCAGCGCAGCAUUGAGCAGAAGAUGCGGCACCAGCUGGAGCGGCAGCUGCACACGUUUCUGCUCAAUCAACUGCUGCUGGGCUUGCAGUUCUUUGGGCACUUUGAGCACGAGCUGGCCGCCAUGGACGAGCAGCUGGCGGCCAAGCGACGCGCCUGCUCUGAAACUCUUUCGGAGCACAGUUUGCUGCAUGCCAGUGCCAUUGAUGCAGCUGUCGCCAAGCGACUGCUCUUCAAGUCCAGCGACAGCAAAGCAGCAGCGGAGCCCAUGCAAAAAUCGCUCACCUACGUGGUCUUUGAGCAUGUGGACGUGGCGCGUCCCAACGAUGCCAACUACGACUCCAUAGCCGCGCUCUGCAAGGUGUUGCUGGAGACGGAGUACGACAAGACGACGCCGUGCAGAAGCGAGUACAAGGAGCUGCUGGAGCAAUGCCGCUGGAUGGGCUAUGUGCGCUUGAGGCUGCGCGAUCAGCCAAGUGCCAACACUAGCGACUGCGCUGAAGAGCAUGAGGAGGAGGAUGGCGGCAGCUCCGGCUACAGCACGGGCGGAGGCGGAGGCGAGCAGUCGGACUAUGACUAUGUGUAUAUCACGCGUUUGAAUAGCAGACAGCGCUUGGAUGUGCUGCAGCUGGAGGAGCAGCUGGAGCGGAAUAAGCUGCCAGCGGCGUGUGUCAGCAGAUUGGGCAGCUGCCUGCCCGCAUGGCUGGAGGAGGAGGUGGAGGAGGAGGCGGAGACGCAGUCAGAGGAUGAAGAGGAGCAGCAGCUGGAGCUAGAGUGUGAGGCGGGCUACGAAACGGUCCAGGUGCUGCGCCAGUGCCAACAGGAGCAACUGCAGCAGUGUUAUCUCAACUCGGAGAGCUUCAUGCGCUACUUUGGCCAACUGCUGCGUCAGCAGAUUGCAGCAGAGCUGGGACUGAGUGCGCAGGAGCUAAGCACGGCCAGCUUCAGUGGCUGCAGCGUCUACUUGCCGCAGGAGCAGCUUGUGCCGGCGGUGCAUGUGCCACAUGGUUGGCCAGACUGCGCCUUCGAGUUCAACCUGCGGGCACGUCCAACGCUCACCGAUCUGCAUACGGGCGAGCGCUAUCAGUGGCCCACGCCCGCCAUGCGCCAGCGCUUGCAGAGCUUUGGCUAUCAUCUGCUGCCCCUGGGCUAUGCGCCCAAGCACGCGCGCAAUCCGUUCCGCCAGCUGGAAUGGCGCAUAGUCUUUCCCCAGGCGGAGCUCUAUCUGGAGCGGCAGCUGUCGCGCCAACAGCUGAAGCUGCUGCUGCUGCUCAAGCUGCUGCUCCGCACCUUUGUACACGACAAGUGUCCGGCGCUGGGCGAGAUUAUGCAGCAGCUGCGGAGUCAUCUCUUCUGGCACUGCGAGCGCUACAGCAAUGACUUUCCGGAUGAGUUCCUGGGCGAGCAGCUGGUGCGUCUGGUGCGCUCCUUUGCCCAGCGCCUGGCCAAGAAGCAGCUGCCGGAUUACUUCAUUGCCAGUCGCAAUCUGCUGGAGCAGGUAUCCGAGGAUGCGCUCAUGCAGCUGCACUGCGUCAUGUCCGGCAUAGCCGAGCAGCCGCUGCUGCACUUGCUCCAAGCUCUGCGCCGUCUGCAAGCCGCACCCGACUUCUAUCCCCAGCUGGACUACAGACGUCUGCUGGACACGCUGCUCUGCCAGGACUAUCUGCAGCUGCGCAGCUGGGCCAAGUUCUCCAGGCAGGCGCUGCCGCUAGAGCAAGCUGCAGCUGCUUCAGUCACCACAGCCACCGAGCAGCCACAGCAGCUGGAGGGAUUGCUCGGUCUGCGCCAGCAUCAGCCACGCACGCGCUCCCGACGCUCCGCUGCUCCAGCUGCUGCUGCUCCUAGCGCCGCUCAGCGCGAUUCCUUGGACUCCUUUGAGCUGGACUUGUCACUGCUGCUGCGGCGAAGCUCCUCACACAGUUCCAGCUCCAGCACCAGCUCCGCACAGCUCAACGACGGCGUCGAGAUUCUGCGCCGCACAAAUCUUCUCGAGCUCCUGCUGGACCACCAGCUGGGCAUGCUAGCCAAGAGCGUAGAAUUCCGCAAUGCGCCACUGGCUCAGUUUUAUCUGGAGCAUGGCCAGCGCCUGUGUCGCCUCUAUCAGCAGCUGGGCUGCUCCCAAUUCGCGCCACACUACACGGAUGCACUUUGCCAGGCCGCCAGGCAGCUGGAGCUUGCCAACAGCGCACCUGGCUGCAGUCCAAGCUCACAAGCCCACAGAUUCAUCCCAGCAGCCACUUCCAGCCAAGCAGCUGAAGAGAUUCCAGUUACUUCCACGCCUGUUCCAACCGCUCCACCUGCUCCGCUGCCCAGCACAGCUCCUCCACCAACUAAUAGCACCAGCAGUGGCCACUUGGACACGCUGCUGCAGCGGCUGCAAAUCGAUCCGCAGACUGUGCUCUCCAUUAGCUCCAAGACGGAGCAGCUGGUGCAGCUUACGCUGGGACAGAAGCCCACGCGGCAGGCGCUCAAUAAGCUGCUCCAGCAAAAGACGCAGCAGCUCAAGAGUGUCUUUAACUAAUACUAUACUAUGCAACAAGGCU